UCGAGAAACAGAUGAGAUAAAAGGUGGUUUUUGUUUGUGGUCCAAUCCCUAAAUAAUGAAUUAAAAAUACAAAUAAAACAUUUUAUAAACAUUUCGGGUCGGUGCAGAUGACAGUAGUUUGUCAAAAAUAAUGUAGUGUCUCAUGAAUCAUUUGUGAAAUUGUUCAGAGUGCAGUUUUUACAUAAAUUGUGAAUAAAAGUGACGUUUCCAUAGUAUGGCAUUGGUGACUGUGCAAAGAAGCCCCAGCUCCAAUAAUUCUCCGAGCCAUGAAGGAUUAUCUACUUUUCAAGAUGAGGUGGACUCAAACAAGAACCCAAAAAGCCUUAGUGAAUGCUACUUCGCGGGCAAGGGUACGGCUCUGGUACUGCCCGACGCGGACGCCUCUUCCAAAGCGGCCGGGAACGGGAACGGUGGCGGGACCGCCGGCGGGAAUCCGACCACCAACGGCCAAACCAACGGCGCAACUGGAAACGGCGUCAACUCGCAAGGUAGCAGUACCAUCCAGAAGCAUCUGCAGUCCAUGUUCUAUUUGCUCAGGCCGGAGGAAACGCUUAAAAUGGCCGUGAAACUAGAAAGUGUUCAUCCGACAAGGACGAGGUACUUAGUUGUUGUAUCAAGGAUGGGAGCAAGAGGAGAAGAAUCGUGUCUUUUAGGCAUCGAUUGCAACGAAAGAACUACCGUUGGUCUAGUCCUUAGAGUGCUGGCUAACACUCAGAUCACUUUAGAUGGAGAUGGAGGCUUCAGCAUUAGCGUCUGUGAUAGGCAUCAUAUAUUCAAACCAGUUUCAGUUCAAGCCAUGUGGUCAACGCUGCAGACUCUCCACAAGGUGAGCGCCAAGGCUCGCGAGCAAAACUACUUCCAAGGAGGAUUGACCCAUUCUUGGGUCGAGUAUUAUGAGAACCGGAUUGAGUCUGACCGUUCCUGUCUUAACGAAUGGCACGCCAUGGAUAACUUAGAGUCUAAGAGACCACCCUCGCCGGAUUCCGUUAGGACCAAGCCCACCGAGAAGCAGCAUGCCGAGAAGGUGAUCAGGGCCACCCUUAAAGAGAUCAUGAUGACGGUGGAUUUGGAUGAGGUCACUAGCAAGGCGAUACGGACCCGGCUUGAGGAAGAGCUCGAUAUGGAUUUGGGCGAGUAUAAAUCUUUCAUCGACGAAGAGAUGCUAAUAAUCCUUGGCCAGAUGGACGCUCCAACGGAAAUUUUCGACCACGUCUACCUUGGUUCGGAAUGGAAUGCGUCCAAUUACGAGGAAUUACAGAGAAAUGGAGUUGGCCACAUUUUAAAUGUAACGAGGGAGAUCGACAACUUCUUUCCUGGCACCUUCGACUAUCUUAACGUCCGAGUAUACGACGACGAAAAAACCGACCUCCUGAAACAUUGGGAUGACACCUACAAAUACAUUACAAAAGUUAGAGAUCAAGGCUCCAAAGUGCUGGUCCACUGCAAAAUGGGCGUGAGCAGGUCCGCAUCAGUCGUCAUAGCGUACGCCAUGAAAGCUUACAAUUGGGACUUCGACACGGCACUGAAACACGUCAAACACAAGAGGAGUUGCAUCAAACCAAACACCAGUUUUCUGUUGCAGCUCGAAACCUACCAGGGUAUUUUGGACGCCAUGAAGAACAGAGAGAAGCUACAGAGAUCAAAGUCUGAAACCAAUCUCAAAUCCCCCGGUUCAAAUGGAAAAAACGAAAAAGUCACGGGAAAUGAACCAGCUCCAGUCGCUCAGCCUCUUUCAAAAUCAUACAAUAUCGAAAGCACAAUGUCCGGGCAAGAAUUGAGGAACAUGGGAUCCCGCCCAAAGUCUUGGUCCCCGGACAACAUCUUAACCAGAGAAAUGGUAGAAGCAGCUAAAUCUCCUCUUUCAAUUUCGUUGGAAGAUGUUAGCCAGAAGUCAGCAUCAAAAGAAUCCAUGAAGGCAAUCGAAUCAAAAUCCUCCCUUGCCAGACAUGUGUUAAUGCCUUGUGAUAAUGGAGAAACGUACAGCGUUUCCCCAAACCAAAUAGUUCACCUACCUGAUACUAACUGUAGAAACGAAAAGAAAAAUUUAGUCCUAGAUCUCGCGAGCCAGUUCGAAAGAGCAGAGCAACAAAACUCAGGAGAAGAGCUAGUGAAGAGCAAAGUCAAAAUGGAAACGUGGGAUCCCGGUGAAGAGAUAGAUAGCAAAACGUCUUGCUGUGAACUUUCAAGCGAAACCUGUGAUGAAUCAAAUUUUAGUGUAAUAAGUGAAAAUCAAACAGUGUGGACUUCCUCCACUGUAGUUAAAACUGAAAGUGCUGUGCCCGUUAGUUGUAGUAAUAGUUUAGUAAAAAUUUCUGACUCUAGCAAAGCAAAGACAUCGCACAGGGAAAUCAGUGAUCCUUUUUCCAACCAGCUCGAUCGCGUCUUCGACCGCGAAGAAAAAAAGCAGUUGCGAAUGUCGACAGUGCCCGUGAUCUCAUCUCCCGAGCUCUCUAACGACGACAAAAUCCAUCGGGAAAGCCCUUCUCGACAAAGUUCCUGGAGUUCCUACGAUUCGGCAGUGGCGCUGGGGUUUCAAAAUGAGGCGUCUGAACUAUCCAGACACAGUUCGUGGGGUUCUGGAGACACGAGGACUCUUCCUAGUCGGAACAGUUCCUGGGGAUCCUACGAUAUGCAGCCCAGAGGUCCGGUACACUACAUAAACGAGAAAGGGGAGAAGGUAACACAUAGCAACUCGGACACAAUCGAAAAUGGUUCUCCGUUCGACAAAGAUCAUUGUCCUUGGCAGACUGGUACAGUUAAGAGAUCAAAACAAAGAUAUCUGGAAAGUUCCUCAAGGAAACCAAGCAGCAGUGGUGAUAGUCGGACUAGUAGUUGCUUCUCUUUAGCCAAGACACCCAGUUCCGAAACCUUACUGGAUGACGUGGACGUCGACGUAGCAGAAGCCUUCAACAAAAUACUUGCUGACGAUUCUAUCGUAUCUAGUGCCAUAUCGGACAAAAUAGACAUCCCGAAAGACGAGCACAAAACGCCUGCUAUUAGGUCUAGAUUGUCCAGAAGCGCGCCCGAACCUUCCUCGAUGGAACUUAUCGCACAAGGUGAAUCUUUGUCUCGGUCGGCUUCGAACGUCUCUAAAGAAAACUCAAAUUCGGUUAUAAGUACAGCACAGUGUUCGUCGGUCAAACAGCAUAGGACUUUCUUGGAAAACCUGCACAACUCCCAUGACUUUAGUAACGUAACUAAGAAAGACGAUCUUCUAGAUAGCGCUAAUGCUUCGGGUAAAGUGAAGAAUUUGAAGAAGGAAUUCGAAGCCAAAUCAAGUACAAACACCGAUCAAAUCGACGUUCCGGAAAACCUGUGCAAGAACAAAGUCAGUAGUCUGCCGUCUUCUCCUCUUAGCGUUCACGUAGCAAAAGACAAAAAGCCCGAAAACAAGAAUUCCUCCAGUGACGACAUCAAUCUCAAGAGCCUCAUAGGUAUCUUCGAGAACAACGUGGAUGGUGUUCAGGUAAACCGUAGACAAAAAUUUGCCAACGCCAGACCUUUCUCGCAGAACCGCAACGGUCGUUACUCCUGCAUCGAAGUAUCUGUGGACAAGACGCCUCGCAUCGUCCCUCUCAUCUCCAACCUCAACAGGAACGGCUCCGUCGUCGACAAAAGCGACGACAAGCGCCCGCCAAUCGUCCCAGUGGUAAGGACGGCGUCCCCAAGCUUGAUGGUGGCCGCCACGGUGAUAACGGCCGCCAAGAAAAAGCAGCAGCAGUACGGGAAGAGCCAUCCGCUAGCCAGAUUGAACAUCAAACCCAGACACAACAAUACACUCUACAAUACCAUGUAAUGCUCAAAUUACAGAUAUGGCUGUGACUGCACUUUUUAUUCUUAUUGUUAGUUCUUUCCUUCUGUUUUGAGAUGAAUGUGGAUUAUACAAUGAUGAAUAUUUGAGUUUGGAACCGAUACGGUGAACUUGUAAGAAAAAACCUCUGGUUAAGUGUGCUAUAAAUAUAUGUAAAUUCAUAUAUUUGUAAACUUUGGGCAGUAAAUACAGAUCAAGUAUACUAUAUAAACAUUAUUUGAAAAAAUACAUGGUUUUAGUACAGUAUUACUAAUGUUAGCCUGUUUUACCAAGUUUGACACUUAAUACUUUUCGAAAACUGUAACUUUGCUGAUGAUACAAGAUUUUUACAAUUUUUUGCAGUCUUUUUAUCUAGAAUAUAUUCGCACAAUAAAUUACAAACUCUAAAUCAAGCUAAAUGUUUUUCAAAUAAAACGGUGCUUCAGUAAGGAUUAGUUUUAGCUUUUGUAUUAUUAAUAAUGAAUCACAAAUUUUACGUAAAUAAAAAACUAAUCAGAGCUGCAAUAUUAAACAAUACUAAACUGAUAUAAUAACUAAAUGACGCUAAAAUAUCAAUACAAUCUUGAUUGGCUAACCCAAUUAUAGACGGAGAGGCAGCGCCGAAAAAUCUCUCUGAAUUUACUAAAACUAGUUUUUUCACAGUUGAUUACCGUGAUUGUGUAGAGAAACAUACUGCAGUCGGUCAAGCGAAACGUAGAACAGGUGGACGGUACUGACAGCUUGUCAAAGUUGCUUACCUGCGGAGGUAAUUAAAUCCACUUACUAAUGCUGAAAAUCAGUACACACAUUCUAAAUUGAAUAAAAAUAAAAGUUAUUAUAGUCGGUCAGCUGUAUGACGGGACAGAGCCGGUCGGUCGGCCCCAAUGAAUGUACAGGGUUAUUCACUAUAUUGACACCCUUGUAAACUGCUUUAUUUACAGAUUUAGAACAAAAUGUAAAAUACAAAAGUUAUUCGAUUUUUUAAUUAUGAUUUUUUGACAUAUAUAUCGUACUAGUGACAUCAUUCAUCUGGGCGUGAUGACGUAAUCUACUAUUUUUUUAAAUGAGAAUAGGGGUCGUGUACUAGCUCAUUUGAAAGGUUAUUCAAUUCUCUAUGCAGUAAUAUAAACAUUAAGAUCAUUAUUUAUACAGUGCCCAAAAAUUUUUUUUUAAUUAUUAAUUAAACAAUUAAUUUAAUUAAAAAAAAAUUUUUUGGACACACUGUAUAAACAAUCAUGUUAAUGUUUAUAUUACUGAAUAGGGAAUUGAAUAACCUGAAAUGAGCUAGCACUCGACCCCUAUUCUCAUUUAAAAAAAUAGUCGAUUACGUCAUCACGCCCAGAUGAAUGACGUCACUAUACGAUAUAUAUGUGAAAAAAUCAUAAUUUAAAAAUUGAAUAAGUUUUGUAUUUUACAUUUUUUUCUAAUUCUGUAAAUAAAGCAGUUUAGAGGGGGGUCAAAAUAUAGUGAAUAUCCAUGUACAUUCAUUGGGGCCGACCGAGCGGCUCUGUCCCUUUAUACAGCUGACCGACUAUAAUAACUUUAAUUUAUAUUCAAUUUAGAAUGUGUGUACUUAUUUUCAGCCUUAAUAAAUGGACUUAAUUACCUCUGCAGGUAAACAACUUUGACAAGCUGUCAGUACCACCUGUUCUGCGUUUCGCUUGACCGACCGCAGUAUGUUUCUCUACACAAUCACAGUAAUCAACUGUGAAAUAACUAGUUUUAGUAAAUUCAGAGAAAUUUUUCAGCGCUGCCUCUUGGACUAUUACAUGCAAUAGUCGAUCCGCCAAUAAAAGAACGUUUCUAGGCUUACGCACCGAUUCUUUAUUUAAUUUUGAGUCAAGCACCGAUUCUUUAUUUAAUUUUGAAAAUUUGUUGUGUGAAUAUUGCUCUAGCUCAAUUAUUGUCCGCUUAACGAGAGGUUUCUUCUUUAUAGGCUUACAAUGUGGUUUUUUUAUUAUCGAUUUGAUCUUGAAUCAUUUCAGUGUUAUUUCUUUUUACUUUUCUAUUGUAAUUUUAAAAAAAUAUACACAAAUGAAUUUGCUCCAUGGCUGCUCAUUCUUGUUAUUUACUGAAUUCCCAAAAAAAUGUACGCAAUGUGUUCGUAUUACAGUAGAAAUUAUUUAAGAGUUUUAUUAAUUAUGACAAUAAAGGUUAGCGUUGUUUCGGCGAAGGGAAAUAUAUAUUUUAGGGGUACUCAAGGGAAAACUACCCCUAAAGAAGCAAAAUAUUCUAAUUUUUUGUGUUUGAUCGGUACUAGUAGGUGUCAAUACAGAAAAUCGCGACGGCGCAUGUUUAAAGUUUGUCCCUCUUCCAAGUCUAUUAAUUUUUCUGAGACACGAUUAAGGUAGAUCCAUUCUUAUUCUUCUAGUGCCGACUCCACUAAUGAAGGUUCGCUAUAACCAUUGCAAAUUCGUCUCUAUCUUCUGGUUUUCUUAAAAGUGUCUGCGUGUUUAACCCGGUCUAGUCGCGAAUAUUUUACCCCUCCUUCCUUCGAUUUUACCCUUCAUAAUUAGCUGUAACAAGUCAUACUUAUCAUUUUUAAAUAUGUACCCUAAAUAUGCUUUUUUCUCCUUUUAAUGGUGGUCAAAAGUUCGGACAGCUUGUAUAUUAGUGCACUCUAAUAUUUAUGUGGCAUUGGAUCCGAGCUUGACAUGUAACACCGUUGCCAUAUCCUCUAUUUUUUCAUACUAUCACAUUACAUAAAGUUUCAUUAUAAAAAAGUUUUAAAACACUAUUAAGUAAAGUUUUUUAAUACAAAAAGCUCAAAAGGGCGAUUUUAAAUCAAAGUUACCUUAAAAUUGUUAUAAAAAAGAAGAUCAACUGAUAAAUAAAAAAGAUCAAUGAAGAUAAACUGUAUAAAUGUUGUAUAAAUCAAAGAUAAUUUAAAUUGUUAUAAAAAAGUAUAUAAAUGGAUAAAUCAAACAGAUGAAUGAUUAUAAUAAAUAAAAAAAUAGUUUUGAAACACCAAUACAAAAAGUUUUUAAUACAAAAAGCUCAAAAGAGGCAUUUUAAAUCAAAGUUAAUUAAACUUGUUAUAAAAAAGAAGAUCAACUGAUAAAUAAAAAGGAUCAUGAAGAUAAACUGUGUAAAUGUUUUUAAAUCAAAGAUAAUUUAAAUUUUUAUAAAAAAGUAGAUAAACAGAUAAAUCAAACAGAUGAAUGAUUAUAAUAAAUUAUUCUUAUAAUAAUAAAUCUUAAAAAAUUCUUAUAAAAUUAUUCUAUUAUUCUUGGAGGUACAUUUAACAUUGACUGAAAUUGUGAAAGAAAUAAACAACAAAGUAUGGCAACACUGUGACGCACAAGCAUAAGAUUCAGAUGUAGGUAACGCAGGGUGCACUAAUAUACAACAUGUCCAAAAGUUCUCUGUCUCUUCCCAUUCUGUGCAAUACCAUUUCGUUCGUAAUAUGAUCUGUCCGUGGUAUUUUCAAAAUUUUCCUAAAAAACCACAUCUCAAAAGCUUGCUUGCAGCUUUCUCAUUAAGUCAAGUACAAGUUUCGGCACCAUACAGGAAUAGAGUGGAUAUAACAUUUUACCAUCCGAUAUCGGAUCUGCAGUUUAAGUCUUUGGUUACUCAGAAAUUUCCUCAUCUUCAAAAGGUUGCUCUUUAUUGCUCUAUUCUUGAACGAAUUUCUGAUUUCGGAUUUAGAUCUUCGGUAAUCCAGUCUCCUAAGUUUUUCAUUUUCUCCACAUAAGAUUCUAUCGUGCCAGAAGAAUGUGGCUAGAGGUUGUUUAUCAUCAACUUCAUGUGUUUAUUUCCUCAGUCUUCAAAAGUAUUAUGGUGUUAAAAAUGUAUAAACAUUUUCAAUUUCUUUGCAACACGAAAAUACAGCAGCUGCAUAAUGCUUUGGUUAAAUCGGAGAGUGCAGGAAGAGUCUAUACCGGUUUCGGAGGUCUUUUCCCCCUCAUCAGUAGUCCCAUAUCCUCUUCUCUCCGAUUUCCCCAGGCAUCACACUUUGGGCCCUUCCGAAUUGCAAAGAAAGAAAUGUCACGGAUGAACUAGAGCCAUCUACCGAAAAACAAAGUAAGUUAUCAAUCGAAGUAGUACAGAAAACGACAAUAAAUAUCGUUCCCAUACCACCAGAUUGACAAAACAGGUGGAAUACUUUCUUUGGUUACACCUCCUGAGUUUUACAAAAUUUAUAAAUCAAACAGGAUGCCGAGGAAAUUAAGAUGAGAGAGCUUUAAAUAAUUCACAACUCAUCUGCUCAGCGUGGUAAAAGUUCCAACAAGAAAGAUUCCUUAAUACUCUUACAAAAGAGUAAAUGAAUUAAAAAUGUAUAAACAUUUUCAAUUUCUUUGCAACACGAAAAUGCAGCAACUGCAUAAUGCUCUGGUUAAAUCGGAAGGGCCCAAAGUGUGAUGCCUGGGGAAAUCGGAGAGAAGAUUAUAUGGGACUACUGAUGAGGGAGAAAAGACCUCCGAAACCGGUAUUGACUCUUCCUGCACUCUCCGAUUCAACCAGAGCAUUAUGCAGCUGCUGCAUUUUCGUGUUGCAAAGAAAUUGAAAAUGUUUAUACAUUUUUAAUUCAUUUACUCUUUUGUUUGAGUAUUAAGGAAUCUUUCUUGUUGGAGUUUUUACCGCGCUGAGCAGAUGAGCUGUGAAUUAUUUAAAAUUCUCUCAUCUUAAUUUCCUCGGUCUCCUGUAUUAUUUAUAAAUUUUGAAAAUCUCAGGAGGUGUAACCAAAGAAAGUAUUCCACCUGUUGUCAAUCUGGUGAUAUGGGAACGAUACUUUUGGUCGUUUUCUGUGCUACUUCGAUUGAUAACUUACUUGAUUAAGGUAUUCUUUACUGCUGCCUCAACAUUUACAUUGUUUUUUUUUCAAUAGCUAGUGGCUAAUAUUUGCUUUGAAAAAAAAAAUAAAUAAAAAUGUCAUAUCUCUGUAUCCGGGUAUUACGCGAUUGAAGCUGAUAGCGAAUUAGGAUUCAGCAUUAAAACUUGUGUAGGUAAACCAAUGAAACGUUUAGCUUUUUACCGUUUCUUCCAGAAAUGUUCAUUUUUAUUUUGUAAGUUCCCUUACAGAACAACACAAUGUACAAUUAAAACUAGGAGUUUAAUCAUCAUUCAUCUUCUUUAACCAUCCUUUUGGUUAUACAUAAUUCGCAAAUAAUGUUGUCUGCAAUUAUUUCUGUAUAGUUUCAUCUGUGAGUGCGUCAUACAUUCUUCAGAGCGUCAUGUUUUUGACUAGAACUCAGGAUUAAAAGAUAGCCGAUUUGUAUUUUAUGAUGGUCUGACAAGACUUUUUUUAAUGCUCUAAUUCACAUCUUUUUAAGAUUAAAGUAAACUAGGAGGUUCUGGAUGUUUAUGACCUCUGAGCAUUCUAUGUGAUCCUUAAAGUUAAGUUCUAGGGCACUGUUUGUAACUUCAUAUAUCAAGUUAAAUAUGCGCAUGACGAUUUUCUACACUAGCGACAUCUACUGAUACACCAUCGAACCUUCACUUUUCAAAUACUGUUGGUAUUAAUGAAAAAAAAAUGUUAAAUAGGAUGUUUAAGCUUGGGAAAAACGGGUAAGCAAAAAAAAUAAAGCACAAAAAAACGUAAUACGAUCACAACUUGUAUAUACAUUUCACAAAAUGCUUUAAGAAAUUGAAUUAAAAAAUAGUGCAAAAUAAUUAUAAGGACAAAAAAUAUAUAAUCUGUGUUGCUUCCUGUACAUACGCUGAUGUAUUUUUCGAUCUUGUUGAAUUUGUAAAUUUUUUAUUGGUCUUUACAAAAACCGCUUCGAAUUUAUUGUGAUUUUCUCUUAUAUAAUGGAAAUAUCAAUGUAACUUAAAUAUGUCGCUGUUGUCAAUUUACUGCCAAAAUGAAAACUAUGGACCACGUAACAUUAAAAUCUCAGCGAAACUGCAUUUAGCCGAUACAAAGAUCCUCUCCCUUUAAAAAAUCUUAACUUGAUCUUAAAUCAGCAAUUCUUACGUCAACAAUUAAUAGGGUGGCUUGACAAUGAUUUGUUCUAAGUAAGAAAAUGCACGAUUUUUUGUUUUCUCCUUUAUUUUUCAAAAUAAUCUCUUUUUUGCUCUAGUGCCUCAAAGUAGUGUGAAGGUUCGUUGCAAAAACAUCAUCCAAAGAACCAUUUUUGACUUUGGGAACAAGAAAUAGUCUCAUGGAUCUAAAUCUGGCGAAUGUGGUGGUUGGUCGAGUAAUUCGUAUUAAAAUUGACCAUCGUGUGAAUGGAUGCGUUGUCUGGAUGAAAGAGAAUUUGUUCUCAGACAAACCAGGGCGUUUUUCCUCGAGUUGGCGUCAAAAACAGUCCAUUAGGGCUGCGUAGUAUACGCGAUUUAUUAUUGUCAAGGUUAACAACACCUUCCGCAUCCAUGAUUUUCUCACAACACCAUCUAUUAAAGACUACAUUAGUGCAAAUUAUUAAUAUUAGAAGUCUCUUAUCUAAUAUUUAAUCACUUCUCUGAUCGUCUUUAUCUUUGAGGUGAUGAUUCAGCAUUGGAGCCUUUUCAGACUGUUCGUAUUGCUGGUUUUCUCCCUUGUAGAUUAUUUUUUAGACUAUAUCAGGUAUUUCAAUGCAAAAUAAUGGCACCUAUGAAUCUCGCAAUUUAAAUUCAUCUAGGACAAUGAUGUUCUUCAUUGAUUUCCUAUGCUUCCACUAAAUCAGUCUUUCCCAUCAAUCUAAACGUGCUUUUAACACUUAUCAUUCAUUUUUUCAACAGUUCAUUGCAAUAUCAUAUUUUUUACAGAAGCUUAGAUUUUUCUUCCUUAGAGUGCAAUGUUUCACUCAGCACGAUUGAGAAGAUCUGUAGGGACUUCCCACAUCAUGCUAAAAGUGAUUUUACCACUGAAUAUCAUUCUUCAGAUGGCUAAAAAUCUUUUUUGUUUGGCUGUUUGUAAAAAACUAUGUGUGAGUUUAACAGUCGUUGUAGAAGAAUUUGACAGUAAAUCAAGAUGUGGAAGCUUAUUAUAAAAAAUUCUAGGUGUGCCAGAGGUUGCCUUUCUUCUGGCAUCGAGAACCCAUCACUGGAAAUCUAUACCACAAAGUUAGCACAUGCUUUUUUCUGUCAUCUGACAUCCAGAGAUACAUUUCUAGUUUCUCUCGAUCUUUGACGUGUAAACUCGGACCUAAAUUUUGUCGAAAGUAACAAAACAUUCACAUAGUAAAGUGAAUGACUCACCCCACAAGCCUAAGGAGAAAGUCUAAGCCAACUUAAAGUUUCCUGGGUAGGAGAGUUUCUGAAAUCUGCCCAUAUGUGGCAAAGUUCACGUGGGUUUGAUUCUCUUUUCACACAUCUCAGGAUGUCUUCCGUUAGAAUAUUUUCCUCAUAUUCUUACCGACAUUAGGCACAUUUUUGACACCAAUUCAUAAAUUUGUCAACUGAACAUGUAACUACGAACAACAAUACUAGGAAUAGUUCUCAAGAACCACUUCACUUUCGCAUUGAAACUAAACAUCAAUAUUUUAGUAACUUUAAUGGCACAAAGCUCACUGUUUCAUGCAGAAUGUAAAACUAAUUCAAAAAAUCCAAAUGGUAAUGCUUGGCAGCUCACUUUGUUGUGAGUAGUAUCGUGGAUACUUAAUUGUAUCACUUUGUAUUGGAAUUAGCGAUGUGAUAUAAGAUGACUCGGUAGCGCUCAUUUUUUGAUCCUUAUCGGAAGGUCUUACAUGCUAGAUAACCAGAACGCACAUUGAAAUAAAACACAAAAAGGUGAUUUUGAUGUUUUGUUUUUAAUUUUCAUUGAUUUUUCAAACUAUUCGAUGGUGGUCUAUUGUUUAACAACUAUUUAUUUAGAUAGUUGUCCCAUAACACUUGACUUACAUUACAUGAUUUAUCUUUUACAUCUGCUACAGUCUCACUAAUCUUUUGUGCUACAUUCACUGAACUCUAUUAAGUUCUAGUUCAUUCUGCUCAUCUUUAUUGUGGAAGUGUAAAUAUUUCUCUCAAAAUGCUCAUAUACAAGCCAAAAACAUUAUGGAUACCUUUUUUUCGAUCUUGGAGCUGACAAUCGAUAUCCAAUAAUACCGAGCUUUCGACAUCCUCCCUAAUGUCUUCUUCAGAGUUUUCGGAGUCUCAGUCUUUUGACCCCUACAUCUCCUCAUUACACUAUUCACUACUCAUCACACUACUAACAGUGUAGUGAAGAUAUCUGGGGGCUCAGGAGAUUGAGACCUUGGAAACACUGAGGAAGACAUCAGAGCUGAUGUGGAAAGUUCGUUGUAGUGAAAAUCGACGCAGUUUAAACCCAUAAGCCUGAUGAGUUUGGUAUUAAUUUUUGUAAUAUUAAUCUUAGCUUUGGUUUAAUUGUACUAAACUAGGAAACCUUUCCGAACAUAAUUGUGCCAUCUUGAUUGACUUUUCCAGUUUAGUCUCCCGAAAAUACAGGACUCUUCAUAAAAACUCUUCAUAACGUCUAUUUUAGAAACUUUUUUCUUGGCUUUUAUCUUCACUUCGUCAUACGUCAUACCCAUACCCGUCAUUCCCGUGUUACAUAGGAGAUUUUUUAUUGUUUGUUUUGCUUAUUACUUGAGCAUAUAAAAGAUACAUACAGUCUAUUGCAUUUCUGUGCCGAACGUUUUGGUCCUUCGAGCCGGAUUAUAGUCAUGGGCGUAGAUAGUGAUAGGGUUUAGUGAAAUAAAAACGAUCUUUGAAUGGCUAUGCAGUUAAGCUGAAAGUGGGACGAUCAAAAUUGAUGAUUUGUAUAGACUUGGCUGUUGAGAUUUCUAGUCUAUGUAACUGUUUUAAGACGAAGAGAAGCUACAGCCCGACGGCUCAAAACUGAGUGGAGAAUGUCAGUGUAAAGUUUAGUUUAAGAAUCAACCCAUAUCUGGGCUAUUCGUUAAGCCAGUUAGCUGUUUUUAAAUUUAGAGUUAUCUAGACAUCUUAGUAUGUAUAAAAGCGAAAAGUAUUUUUUGUAGCAUGAACAAACUGUUUAGCUGGUUUUAUAACAGCAUAUGCAAUGCUAUAUUCUCAAAAACAGUAGUUAUAAUAGUAGGAAGAUGUUAUAGUUCUUAGCAAGAUCGUCGCUGUACUAAAAGUUUAUCGAAGCAUGUUUUGGUUGGUGUAUAAAACUGCUUUAGAAAAAAUACCAAAACUAUAGUAUUUAGAAGUUUCAGUUUUUGGGAUCUCUUGAUCUAUUUUCAUAAAUCGUGGCUGAUGUACCUAUACCGAUGACUUACUUUGAUACACGAUAACUUUGAUUUACGAUAACAUGACAGGUUUUUAAUUUCUUUUACCAGAUUUGUAUAUCUGCAAUUUUUACCGUUUAUCAUAAGUUUGGUAAUAAUUUUUACACACUAAUUCACAAUGUUGGUAUUUUUUGUCACUGCUACAGUGUCCAAAAGCUUGACAUUAGCAUUUUUAGUACUAUGUUAGACGUUUUGCUUUUGAUACAGAUUUUUUGUUUGACAUUGAGGAUUUCAGUAGUUGAAUGCAGAAUAAUGAUCGAAUUUAUUUAAUAUUUUUGUACUCAAUAGAUGUUAAUAACAAACAAAAUGUAAAGAUUACUCAUCUACUGGCUUAAUUAUAAAUCUUCUUAAUUCUUUCUAAGCAUUUACUAUUUGUGCUAUAAUUUUAGAAAGAAAAGUUCUAGUUUUAAAACUUGUUACAUAUUUUUGUAACUCUUUGUCAAGAAAAGAACCCUAUGGAAUUUGAAGUUAACACAUCAACAAGUUUUGUGCUAUUUAUUUACAUAAAUACCUAUCGAAGAACCUUCAAACAUUUUUGAUGCAUAGAAGAUAUUUUCGGUUUUUUCUUUUUUCACAAUUAAGUAUUUUUCAUUUCCUCGGGUUAUUUUAUUACUUGGUCUUUUUCUUUUAUUUAUUAUGUGUUUAUUUCAACCUUUUCUUGUGUGGUUCUUCUCUGAUUUUCAACUGUCUUGGUAUUUAUCAAUAUGCAUCUAAUCAAUUUCUAAUUUUUCUGCAACUGUAUAUUUAACAAUCCUUCUAUCAGAUGUCCCUUUAAUGCUUUAAUGCGUACAGUUCCUUGUCUACUAACUUAUAUUGGAAUCACCUUAGUUUUGCACUAUAUAUUAUGUUAGCUACCCGUUUUUGAUCUGCUUCUUAUCUCUUCUUACUAAAGACUCUUUUACUAUAUUUAAUCCUACACUAGAUUGUAAAACUAAAAUGCCGUACAGAAACUGCUUUCUAGUAUUAUAUAAAAACCUAACCUAACAUAACCUAUAAAACUUCUUUAUUAAAUUGUUUUAUCUUGUAUAUUAACCAUUUUUAUUUGGCCGCCAGCAACAAAUUAUCCAGUACUUGCUGUUGUUGAACUGUUGUCCACUGUCAGUCUUAAUUUGAAGAAAUGUGAGUUUAUAGAAUGAAUACCGUGGCUUGUUGUUGAUUAUUCCUAAUUUUUAGUUUAUUAUCUUAGCUUUAACGCAGAUUCUCGGAGAAAAGUCGAAAACUAUACCAAUGGUAAUUUCUAAAAUAACUAUUGCAUGAUUUUGUAGUUAAUUUUUUUUUUCAACCUGAGAUUUAUUCCGUUCUAUUCUCACGAUUCACUUUGAUUCUCUUUAUAUUCCCGGCCAAUGAUUGACCAACUAAUGCUUAAAAAGCUUAUUUAAAAAGAGAAAUCUUUUAACAUUGUCGUCUUCAAACUACUGUACUUGGCAACUCUCCCAACGUUGUUUGAACUAUAGUCAGAGAACGAUAUAGUUGUCAGUGAUUUAUUUCGAAGUUCGUGGAUUAUUACGGAAUUUGAGGAGAAAGAAGAGUAAUUUCAGUGGCGUUUAAAAUUAUACUAUAAUUGUACGUGUAUAAUUCUAUAAUUUUAUAAUAAUUAUACUAUUAUUUCAGUAAGCAAUAAGUAAUAUUUCAUGCAACCAUUCACUGGCAACUAUUUCGUUCUUUGAGUGUAUUGAAAAAACCUCCAAGACUGUCGUUGUGGAAUGCUGUUUAGAUCUUCCAGCUAUUUUUAUUUAAUAUGUCUUCUUCUUUUAUAUCAUUCUGGCUAUAAUUAUUUUAUUAACUUAUGCUUUAAAUAGAUUAGUUGUUGUUGUAGAGAACCAUUUCCUCAGGUUCUUUAACCACGAUAUUCUUCUUCUUCCAAUUACUCGCUUUCCGAAUACUUUACCUUGAAGGAUUACCUUCAGUAAUCUGUAUUUAGUGCCGUUUCUCAUUAUGUGUCCGAGAUAUUCUAACUUUCUCCUUUUAAUGGUAUACAUCACCUCUCUUUCUUUGCCACUCUUCGUAAUACGGUCUCGUUGGUUAUCUUGUACGUUCAUAUCCUUAGGAUUCGCCUGUAUAGCCACAUCUCGAAGGCUUCAAGUUUUUUCUCCAUUGCUUCAGUGGAGUGUCCAGGAUUCAACUCCGUAAUACAAUAUUGAGAAGAUAUAACAUCGUAGGAGCCUUAUUUUUAUCUCCAGAUGAAGGUUGUGGCUUUUAAAGAGUUUGGCCAUGUUAUUGAAUACACUCCUAGCCUUCUCUAUUCUACAUUUUAUUUCUUGUGAGUGAUUCCAUUGUUCGUUUACUAUUGUUCCAAGAUAGUUAUACUGUUUUAUUCGGUCCACUGGUGUAUUAUUGAUAAGUAGUUGGGCGUCUCUAAUCUUAUUUUUGCUGAUGAUCAUAAAUUUAGUUUUUGAUAUAUUUACUUGAAGUCCAAAUCUUUCACUUACUUCAUUUACUUUGUUUAUUAGCUGCUGUAAACUGUCUGCAAAAAUAACUGUGUCGUCUGCAUAGCGGAUGUUGUUUAGGCGUUCUCCAUUUAGAAGUAUUCCAUGUUCGCAAUUUUCCAAGGCUUCACUAAAUAUUUCCUCUGUAUAUAGGUUAAAUAAUAUAGGUGAAAGCAUAGAUAUAUAAUACUCUAGAUUGCGCCCUGCGAUCUUAAAAUGGGUGACGGUUGCGACAGAGAUAAAUGAGCCUAUUUGGUCGGUAGUCUCUUUUUAAUUUAAGGGGAAUAUCGACGACGUGAAUAUCCCACUUUAUCGAGUAAUAUGUGGUGACAGUUGGAGCGGGUGGUGACGGGAAAUGGUCUUUGGUUUUCGGACGUGGAUAAUCGUGGUUCGAAUCCCAUACCAACUUUACUUUUUUUAUUUUUAUUUAAUCAAUAUUGGGUUUAUUAGAUAUUUUUACAUCUGAAAAAUGGACCUAAGUAAAUCUAGCAGAUAAUAAAUGUAUGUAUAGUAAGUUAAUAUUGGAAUACAUAAUUUGUGAAUUGCAUAGUAAAAUAAAACUCAUUCGUUAUUAAUAUAAAUUCGUCCUUAUUCGAAUGAUGUGAAUGUUUGUUUUGCUUCUACUUUUUUAAAAAAUUGUAACAAUAGUUUCAUAAAUAAAAAUAUUGUCUAAUUACUUAUAAUUGAAUCGGUCAUUUCAAAAACAGCAAAGUCCACAAUUUUCAGAAACUAACUUUUUGAGAGGAAUAGACUCCUUUAAGAUAAACGUUGUGUGCAAAAACGACACCAGUCCAGUAAAAACAUUAGGAACAAAACUACAAUAUAACUCUGAAUUUUGAUGUCAUCCAUUUCAUCCAUCUUUCGACUAUAUAGUUAGUUUUCUUUGCUCUUCUGUAAAAUUAGGAAUAUGUGACUCAUGUUGUUUUUGAAAUGACCAAUUAAAUUAAUACAUCGAUGGCACAUUAUGUUGAUAUUAAUUGUUGGUAAUUUUUUACGAAUAUUUUUAACAAUUACUUUAUACUAUUCUACAAUUAACUUAUUAAAAAAUAACAUUGGCUUUUAUAUUUUUAAAAAUCUAUAGGUACCUACACAGUUUUUCUUAUUUGUUAUAUAUUUCUUUGCAUAGAUUUACUUUAGAGAUGUAAUAAUAUCUAAUAAACGCAAUAUUGAUUCAAUAAAAAAUAAAAAAAGUAAAGAUUGGUAUGGGAUUCGAACCAGGAUUAUCCACGUCCGAAGACAAAAGACCAGUUCUCGUCGCCAUCCGCUCGAAUUGUCAAUCCAUCUAAAAUACUCGACGACAGAGUAGGAUAGUGACGUCGACGAUACUCCCCUUGAAUUAGAAAGAGACUACCGACCAAAUAGGCUCAUUUAUCUCUGUCGCAACCGUCACCCAUUUUAAGAUCGUAAGGCGCAAUCUAGAGUAUUAUAUAUCUAUGGGUGAAAGUAUACAACCGUGUCUAACACCUCGUAGAAUCUGGCUCGCUUCCGUUGGUUCACCUCCAAGAUUUGUUCUUAUUGUGGUUGAUUGGUUCCAGUAUAAAUUUUGUAUUAUACGUCGGUCUUUAUCAUCCAUUUGGGUUUUUGUUAGAACAUCCAUCAUUUUUCGGUGUUGAACUGUAUCAAAUGCUUUUUGGUAGUCCACAAAGCAGAGUAAAUAUCGCAAGUCAUUUAAUAUGUAGUCCCAAAAUAAUCCUAAGAUAUCUCUUGGAACAUUUGAAAACUUCGAUUAAAUUUUGUACUCAGUAUAACACAAUAGUGGACAUAAGGAAUCUGGAGGCAAAAGUGGAAUAGGUAAUUCCGUGAAAACUAAAGCAAGUGCGCAUAGGUAACGCGAUAAACAGUGCUGCCAAUCCGACUGCGUUUCAUUGCGAUGUUGCCAUAAGCAUACAAAAAUAUCUUGGUGUUGACACGUCAGGAGUAGCCACGGUUUUACUGAGUAUCCAGCCACAACUUACUUUAAUUAUAUUUUUAGAAUUGUCGUGGCGGAUGAUUCAAAUCCAUUUGAUUUUAUUUUGUAUGAAACAAGUAAAAGACAACGUAAUUUUCUUGGGUAGGUAUUGUUUGCAACUUCAAAUUCGAGAUUUUUUGUCCUCAAUAUCUUUUACAUCACAAUUUUACAAUAAUUUAUCUAACAUUUCGGAUACGAGGAGCAAAUCGGUUGAGUAUUUACUCAAUACUGCUGACAAUACCCGUUUUUAAAUAUUAUCGCACGAUAUUAUGUCAGUAAACGACAACUUUGAAUUGUCAACAAUAAGAAAAAAGCCAUAUAAAUCUUUAUACAGAGUGAGUUUUAUAUAUGGAACGCCUCAAUUAUCUCGGAAACGGCUUGCACGAUUUUUAUAGAUUUUGGUGGGUAAGGGUUUUCUGAGGCGGCCGAUAUUGUGGCAAUUACAUUGUUGUCAGAUCUUCCGUUUUUCUGGAAAUCUAAUGAACUUUCGUAUUUCAAAUGGAACACCCUGUAUAUUUUUUGCGUUUUGAAGUCCUUAAGAAUUAUUUUAUUUAAUUAGUUUAUUUUUUUUUGUAAUGUUCCCUAUACUUAAAUGCCGUAAUUUUAGAGUUAUUUGUACAAUUUCGGAAAAAAUUGAUUUUUAUAAUUUGUUUAAAUAAUUUCUUUAAAUAAAUGUAGCAAUAACUCCGAAAUUGUGGCAUUUAAGUAUAGGGAACACUACAUGUCACUAUACAUACAAAAUAAUCAGUAUUUCUUAAAGACUUCAAAACACAAAAAAUAUACAAGGUGUUCCAUUUGAAAUAAGAAAGUUCAUUAGAUUUUCAGAAAAACGGAAGAUCUGACAACAAUGUAGAUACAACCAUAAUAUCGGCCGCAUCACAAGAGCCUUAGGCUACGGCUCCACGGGCGGGAAAUUGACGCUAGCAGUAGCAGUAAAAUGAACUUAAGGUUCCGCGGAACGGAAUGGGAAUAGCCGAACUGAACCGACUACGCACAAGUCCUGUAGUCGGUACAGUUCGGCUAUCCCUAUUCCGUUCCGCGGAACCUUAAGUUCAUUUUACUGCUACUGCUAGCGUCAAUUUCCCGCCCGUGGAGCCGUAGCCUUACUCACUAAAACCUAUAAAAACCGUGCAAGCUGCUUCCGAAAUCAUUAAGGGGUUCUAUAUAUAAAACUUAUUCUAUAUAAAAGUUUUUAAUAACUAAUUAUUGUAGAUAAUUAUUCUACAUUGCUAAACUUCUGCAAUCCUCUGUUGAACGACAUACCGAUUGUUUUCACAGCUUAUCUGGCUUCCCACCAUGUUGGGACACAAAUGUAUAAAUAUGAUUUUUUUUUAUUUGUAAAGUUUUUUCUUAGAACGAGAUAUGUUAUGUUAACAUGCUGUUCUCAUAGCUUUUGUGUGUAUUUGUGUGAUAGACUUUUUUUGUACAAUAGAUGUAAAAUAUGAUGUAUCGCUUAAAAAAUGUUCUUGGACAUAAAAAAGAAAAUAUAAAAGCGAUUAUUUAAUAUA